AAGGCAGGGGUCGCCCAAAGAAACAGGUCCAGCUGCUUUCCUCUGGUGAGAUUGUUGGGUUCACAUUGGUAAUAGGGUCAUACAUCAGACCAUGGCAUGAACAUGUGCUCUGGACUGCCCUACCAAGGCCCUAAUGAAAACACAUAGUGUGUGUUUGCUGGCCUCUGAGUCCCCCAUAGUUGCCAUUGUUGGGCCUGAGAUUUAGCUUUGCCUUCGUGGUAGCCAGGGAGAAAAGGGAAACAGUUUCAGGUACCUGGUGGCUUUCCUCACUGUCCAUGGCCAGAAGAGCAGGUUUUCAGACAUCCAGGGGAUGAUGUUCUCUCCCAGAGCAUUCUGGAGGGUGGCUGAGGGGUCAGCAUGCCUGGGCAUGCGGUCUGGCUAUUGGUGCAGCAGGCUCUCACCGCUCCUUGACCUCAGCCUGCGCUGGAGGAUUGGGGCAGUGGAGUGGGUAAGGAUCCAGCCUUGCCCACGCUAAGCCUUGAGGGACUUUGAGGGCCUUCAGUCAUUCUUUGAAGAAAUAAUAGGGCUCCCUUUCGGCGCUGCGGCCGCAGCCAUGAGUAUGCUCAGGCUUCAGAAGAGGCUCGCCUCCAGUGUCCUUCGCUGUGGCAAAAAGAAGGUCUGGUUGGAUCCCAAUGAGACCAAUGAAAUUGCCAAUGCCAACUCCCAUCAGCAGAUACGGAAGCUGAUCAAAGAUGGGCUGAUCAUCCGGAAGCCUGUAACUGUCCAUUCCCGGGCUAGAUGCCAGAAAAACACCUUGGCUCGCCGGAAGGGCAGGCACAUGGGCAUUGGUAAGAGAAAGGGUACUGCCAAUGCUCGAAUGCCAGAGAAGUUGACCUGGAUGAGGAUGAGGAUUCUGCACCGGCUGCUCAGAAGAUACCGUGAAUCUAAGAAGAUUGACCGCCACAUGUAUUACAGCCUGUACCUGAAAGUGAAGGGGAACGUGUUCAAAAACAAGAGGAUUCUCAUGGAACACAUUCACAAGCUGAAGGCAGACCAGGCUCGCAAGAAGCUCUUGGCGGACCAGGCUGAGGCCCGCAGGUCUAAGACCAAGGAAGCCCGCAAACGCCUUGAGGAGCGGCUCCAGGCCAAGAAGGAGGAGAUCGUUAAGACUCUGUCCAAGAAGAAAGAAACCAAGAAAUAAAACUCCUCCUUCUUGUCUGUACAUAGUGCCCAUGGCAGUUGUGUUGAUCAGUUCAGGGAAACUCUGUAAUGAGUUCAAUAAAAGUCAAGUUGUCUGCCUGGAAAAAAAAAAAAAAAAA